GCUCGCUGCUAGCGUAACCGAACAUGAUGCAAAAAAAGCUGGCGCAGAAGUCGUGAGACAAGUAGACUCUCCCUUGCUAUCCAGUCUUCUCUAUCCCGGACUUCAAGCUCUGGAUGAAGAAUACUUGCAAGUCGAUGCUCAAUUUGGUGGUGUCGAUCAGCGAAAAAUCUUUGUGUUUGCCGAGAAAUGCCUGCCGAAUCUCGGUUAUAAAAAACGCGCUCAUUUGAUGAAUCCAAUGGUGCCCGGUCUCCAAGGAUCAAAAAUGUCUUCUUCCGAUGUUGACUCAAAGAUUGAUCUUCUUGAUGAUAAAAAAACAGUUGCGCGUAAGCUAAACAAGGCUUUUUGCGAAGAGGGCAAUGUUGAAGAUAAUGGUAUUCUCGCUUUCGUCAAAUCAGUUCUGUUUCCACUAGGAUCGCUCGGUGACAACAAACCUCAGUUUAUAAUCAAACGUCCCGAGAAGUUUGGUGGAGAUGUUACUUACACUGAAUACCAGCUAUUAGAGGAUGAUUUUCGCGACAAAAAGGUCCACCCUGGUGAUUUGAAAGCCGCAGCAAUUGAAGCGAUUAAUAAUUUAUUGGAGCCAAUUAGACAAAAAUGGGCAAAUGAUCCUAAACUGCCAGAAUUAACCAACUUGGCUUAUCCAUCUCCUACAAAAGUAACAAAGAAGAAAGAAUCCAAGAAACAUAACAGGCCCCCAGAGGCUGUUAAAGCUGAAAAACCCGUUGACGUAUCUCGGUUAGACAUUCGCGUCGCAAAGAUACUAGAAGCCAAAGUUCAUCCAGGUAAUCCAAAAUCUUACGUAUCUACCGUAGACGUAGGUGAUGAAUCGGGUGAGCCUCGCACAGUAGUAUCGGGUCUCGCCAGCUAUGUUCCAAUUGAAGAAAUGCAAGGUCGUCUGGUGGCUGCUGUUUGUAAUCUUAAGGCAGGUAAUUUCCAGGGCAUCAGAUCGUCUGCAAUGCUGCUGGCAGCAUCGUCGGCAGAUCGAUCAGUCAUCGAAUUGUUAGACAUACCACCAGAUUCCAUUGUUGGCGAAGCGAUCACGUGGGAAGGAUAUGAAAAAGCACAAAGAGGGGCAGAGGAAUUUAACCGAAAACAGCAAAUAUUUGAAAAAGUAGCCGAAAGCUUUACUCUUGACGAGGGAGGUGUAGCGGUGUAUAAAGGUAUACCUUUUAAGACGUCCAAAGGCGUUGUAACGGCAAAGACGGUUCGUGGCGGAAGCAUUGGGUGA